GCAGACUCAGAGGUGACCUCAGCAUGGCACAGAACGGAAUAAAAGAGAAUGGAGUGACUGAAGGAAUCCCUGCCCUGCCUCAGCCUGUCCCUGUCCAGGACAUCACUCACACCAAGAUUUUUAUCGGCAAUGAGUGGCACACAUCCUGCGCGGGAAGGACGUUCCCCACCUUCAACCCGGCCACAGGUGUCAAGAUCUGCGACGUGGAAGAGGCCGACAAAGAAGAUGUGGACAAGGCGGUGGAGGCAGCCAAGGCGGCCAUGAAGAGAAGCUCUCCAUGGCGGAAAAUGGAUGCGUCCAGCCGUGGGAGGCUGCUGCUCAAACUGUCCGACUUGAUAGAGAGGGACAGACUCCUGCUGGCGACCCUGGAGACUCUAGACACAGGGAAGCCUUUCCUGCAAUCCUUCUUCAUUGACCUGGACGGCAGCAUCAAAACCCUUCGUUACUACGCAGGCUGGUCUGACAAGGUUCAUGGCAAGAGUCUGCCUGUGGAUGAAAGCUUCAUGUGUUUAACUAAACACGAGCCUGUUGGCGUCUGUGGAGCCAUCAUUCCUUGGAAUUUUCCUCUACUGAUGUUCAUGUGGAAGAUCGCACCGGCCCUGAGCUGUGGAAACACUGUGGUCAUCAAGCCAGCAGAGCAGACCCCCCUCACGGCCCUCCACAUUGGAUCACUCAUCAAAGAGGCAGGCUUCCCUCCUGGAGUUGUAAAUAUUGUUCCAGGGUUUGGUCCCACAGCAGGAGCAGCAAUUGCCCGCCACAUGAACAUUGACAAAGUGGCCUUCACUGGUUCUACUGAGGUCGGCCAGCUGAUCAAAGAAGCAGCAGCCAGAAGUAAUCUGAAGAGAGUGACUCUGGAGCUGGGAGGGAAGAACCCCUGCAUUGUGUUUGCUGACUGUAACUUGCAGCUGGCUGUGGAGGAAACCCAGAAGGGAGCUUUUUAUAACCAGGGUCAGUGCUGCACGGCUGCCUCACGAGUCUUUGUGGAGGAAAGUAUUUAUGGAGAGUUUCUACGUUGCAGCAUAGAAAAAGCAAAGAAGAUUGUUAUAGGAGACCCGCUAGACCCGCAGACAUCACAUGGACCUCAGAUUGACCGACAGCAGUUUGACAAGAUAAUGGAUCUGAUUGAGAGUGGGAAGAAGGAGGGAGCCAAGCUGGAGUAUGGAGGAGUCGCUGUGGGUGACAAGAGCCUCUUCAUUCAACCCACUAUCUUCACAGGAGUCAAAGACCACAUGCGCAUCGCCAAGGAAGAGAUCUUUGGUCCAGUGCAGUGUAUAUUCAGCUUUAAGAGCCAGCAGGACGCCAUAGAGCGAGCAAACAGCUCACAAUAUGGCCUGGUGUCAGCAGUCUUCACAACAAGCAUCGACAGAGCUCUGUCUGUGUCUGCAGCCCUGGAGACUGGCACUGUGUGGAUAAACUGCUAUAACGCCCUUCACGUCCAGACACCCUUUGGAGGGUAUAAGAUGUCAGGCACUGGACGAGAGCUUGGAGAGUACGCGUUGGCUGAGUACACAGAGGUGAAAGCAGUGACCAUCAAACUGAGUGAAACCAUGUGAGAUGAAAGGGGAAAAUCCAGAGCUGAUCACUUCCCCUUCCGUCAGGCCACAACACGAUUCUCUACAAGCCCCACAUUCCCUUCUCCUUCUCAGUCAUGCUCACAAUGGAGACAUCAGGUUUAAGCCAGUAUAACACUUACUCUAUACAGUAUAUCACAGCCCAAUGGUUAACUGGGUUUUACUCAGCAGCUACAGUAAUGUCACUACAUACAACUGGUCAUGCUCUAUUUCACAGGUUCAUAUUUUUCUUUAUAUUUCACAAUAAUUUAUUUGGGUGCUUCCCAAGUGUGAUUUGGUCCCACAUUGAUUAUCAGGCCAAUAGAUACAUGAGCCCAGCUGGUACAUUUGCAGAUAAUAAUUUAUGUCAACAAACUGCUGGCUUAACAGACAGAGCACAGCGGGUGAGCUGAACAUGUUCCACACAACAAUGCAGCAUUCCUAAAGGACAUAUUUCCAAUUAUAAAUUGAACAUUUACUUGGCUUUAAAUGGGACAGAUAUGAUUUGGUUUUACUAUUAGUCAGUACCAGAUUACAAAGUUGCAUUUAACAAAAAGCACAAGUAAAAAAAGUUAAGAAACUGCAGAUGGAGUUUAGCUAACUUGAUAAAGCCUCCACGAUCUUUCUUAAGCCAUCCACUGCACCAGGUUUAAUCACUUCCAGUGGAUGAUGAGAAGUCUUUAUCUGUUGGUCCCAAAGAAGUUAGGUGAUGUCUGUUUCUGCUGAUAAUUCAGUAUCUUGUUGUAAUCCACUCCCUCUCCAUUUGUCAGAAGUGACAACCAAUAGUUAUUGAAAUACUAUAAGAUUACAACAAGUGAAGGACCUUUUUUUUUGUUGAUUAAGCCAAUGGUUUUUUUUUUAUCUUUAACUACUCUUUGAAAGGAGAAUAAUGAACCAUCAAGGUCAGCUGGUAUGGCCCUUUAUUGAGAAACAGACCCAUGGUUAAGUUUUCCUUCCUGGAACGUUUCAAGCAUCUGGAUUUCCAGGACAUGUCCUCUGCCCUGGGGAGACUAGGAGAUUGGACGGUGUCUCUGAGGUUUUUCAGUGUCAUGUCCACUGUCUUGAUUUGCCUAAACCCCAAAGUGUUCAAAAAUACUCAAGUAGUUAAAAAAUGGUGAUUCUAAUUUGCCUGUCUUUCCCUAGUGACAUAAAAUGCACAAUACUGAUUAAUCAAAGAGGAUUUUGCAUAAGAAUUCCACUUGAUCAGUUCUAUUUGUUAAUCAAAUCUGCCUACAUGAGAUAAUGUGGGAAGUUUAAAGAAUGAAUAUAUAUAUACAUAUAUUGUAAAUUGUAGUUAAUAUCUGCGGGAUGAAAAGUCUACGUCUGUGUUUCUAAUUCCGAGCGCUGAUUCUAACCAGGUGUAAUAAUACAAUGAAUAAUACAAUGAUAUGUUCUCUCUGCUGAGGGGAAUGUAACUUCCCUUUUAAAUAUUUGAAGGAACUGUGAUUCUAAGGUAAUAUUUACCUUUCCAGUAAAUACCUUAGUCGUGUAACAACAACAAUGUCACACCAUCAUUCCAUGGAUAGUGUCAACUUUUUUUUAAUAUAUAUAUUUGUGUUUGUGUGUGCGUGUGUGUGUGUAACCAACAUAUAAUGUAUGUUUGAGGGGUUGCUUAUUAUCUCACAUGAAGAGCAAGUCUGUUUCUGUCUUUUCUCACGAUAGUUUUGUAUUGAAAUA